AUGGUCGGACUCAACGACAAUGACAGUGCCAAUGCCAAUAGAAAUUCAUUCGCGAAAACCAUUUGCUCGAUUUGUUACGAGGAUUUCAAGCCCUUAACCGAGGACCUUCAAUCUAUCUCUGUUUGCGGCCACCAGUGGUUUGAGUACUGUCCCAAUGUGAAGAAGCGGAGUUGUCCUAUAUGCAAGCAAACUUGUACCAAUAAAAACGUGGGGCGUUUAUAUUUUCAAUCUAUUGGUGAUCCAAAUGAGUGUAGUCUAUCUCAAAAGCCACAAAUUUAUGUGGAAAAUUCCGAGGAGUUGCGCAUAGAGGUCAAGAGGUUGGAGGGGAAAGUUUUUGCAUUGGCUUCCACUUUGGAGCAGCAACAGAAAGAAUGUAUGAAUGUAAAAGAUGAGCUCAUCUCAUGCAAGGAGCAACUGAAAGUAGAAGUGAUUCUUAAAAACGAAGCUGUAACACAAAAUGCAACCAGCCAGAAGUUGCUUCGAGUGAAAUCUGAAGAGCUUGACAAGUUGAAUUUAGAAUGCAUGAAACUGAAGGAGAGAAAUAUGGCUUUGGCCAGGGAACUUGCAGCAAUUAAAAUAGCCUGUGAUGUGGACUUGGAAGAAGAUCAAGUUCUGAAGCUGGCGUCAUUAGGAAAUGAUUCAGGCAGCAAAGAAACUGUUGAUGUUCUGAGAAAAUCAUUGUUGAUUAGGAAGAACUCUGUCGAAAAAAAUACACUUUCAUAUUUGAGACUAACCUUGUCCCAAUUGAGACUCCAAGAAGUGGAGGCUGCUUUGGAAUUCAAAGAGAAUGAAGAUUUGAGAGUGCUAAAGCGUCUCGAUUCCAAAUUUAACAUGGAUUCACACAAUACAAUGAAAAGACCUUCAAACCACUGUGGUAUAGAUGAAACUAAUGCCAUGCCGGACAUCUCAUUCUGUUCAAGUAAAGUAUCUCCUCACAAGCCACUAAGUAAAAGAAGCACGUUGGAUGAGAAUUUACCUGCCUGCACGUCUGAUGAAUGUAAGGAACAAAAGAAAAGUCCUUCCUUAAUAAAUAAGGACAAAAAUAUCACUUCUUCUUCUUCAUUUGCACGAGGAUUUCCAGAUCAGUUGGCAUCGUGUUCUGAUAACAAUGCAAUUACAAAGGGAUCUCAUUUCCCAGCAAAAGAUGUAUACGUUGAUACACAAAAUGAAGUGGAAAUGCUAAAUUCUGCCAAGAGAGAUGGAUUUUCUUGCUUUCAGCCUAUGCCGAAGCGUAGAAAGAGAGAUCAAGCUGCUAAAUUGCCGGCUAAUAGCAAUGAUGAUGAUGAUGUGAUAUGCUAUGGUGACAAUAAUCCAGUGUCAACUUCAGAAGAACCCGGAGUUGGUCCUUCCUUGAAUAUUUCUAUCAGAAAUGAGAUUAACCCAUCAGUUCCAGUUUCUCAAUCUGGUGAAAACUGCUUCUCGGGUGGUUUACUGGGUCCUGAUGGUACUACCAACUGGCAUUUGGGCAAAUGGUGCAAGAAGGCUCAGAGCAAUGGAUCUUCACAACCAUUUUCUGCUAAGUCAAACGGUUUAAACGCAAGUUCAGGUGAACUAAUAGCUGUUGGAGCAGAUGGUAGAGGUGGUAAAAUCAAAGUUAUACGGCCUCUUGUUCAGUCGUCAUUGGAUGGUAAAGAUACUUCAUCUUGUGCAAGAAAGUGCAAUAAUGGCACUAAACUUAAUAAGUUGCAGCCUAGAGGACUCUUGCAGAUCGAACAUUUCUUUCAAAGGACUAACCAAUGAUCAAGACUUGAUCUGUAGUUCUGUAAUGAUCAAGAUUUAAUUGAAGCAUCAUAUUUUGAUCCAUAUAUUUUUAAAAAUUACUCAAGAAUUAAUGUGAUCCUUAUGACUUUAGGAAUCUAUUUCUUUUUUGUUUUACAACUCGUAUGAUAUUUUUGUGAUUAUUUUUGUUUGUAGCUUGGGUUUUCCAUUAAAACAACUUUAACAACAAUUUUUGUGUAUUGAGUUUAUAAACACGAAAAACAUUAUAC